AUGGAGCGUGUCUUUAGUGAGGCGCUCGGCUUCGGUGGCGGCAAACCACGUCGAGAUGUGCAGUGCUUCCGCUGCCAGCAGAUUGGCCACGUGGCUAAAUACUGCCGGCGCAACCAAGUGGUGGGCAUGAAGCCGCACGACACCCGCGACUGCACAAAGCCGCGUGACGUAGCGCCGAAGUGCGCAAACUGCGGAGGAAAGCACGUCGCGAGCUUUCGUGGCUGCAGUUUCAUUGCUAACUGGGAUCACGGAGGCAACAAGAAGAGGAAGAGGAAGAGACGAAGAAACCGUUCCGACCGCCGGCCAGCGCCUGCGGCAGGAACAGACCAGAAGCACCAGGGGGCACCUCCGCCCCCCGAAAGACGCCGCCAUGACGACGCUGUGCCGCACAACAAGCUUCGUGCGGACACAGAAGACGCCAUAUCGGACAUCAAAGCCGCAUUCGCGGCAGAGAGGACCGCCCGACGAGACGAACUGGCCGCGGCACACAGGGAAAUCCAGCGGCUGCGGGCUGAAGCGGCUUCUGCCACCAAAGCCUUGCGGCUCACCCCACUUGCUCCACCCCCAUCGGGGCGGGAGCCCAUAGAGAAAAUGGACGCAAUGGAAACGGACCCAGAUCCAGCACCGCCGCUUCCCAAGAAAAAGUCGGCGGUGCGGAUCUCCAAGGACUUGGAAAGGUUGCUUGCAUUGGCCGCCUCCGAAAAGGUCGAGGCUGGCACCAAGGAAAACGCAGCCCCGGUCUCCGACGAAGAACAGAAGAAGGCUGUUUCACGAUAG